UCUUGAGCGUUUUCAAAACCUUGUGAACCAUAUUAAUUCUCAUUUUGAUCCAUAUGCUAUUACUAUUACCCAAUCCAAGUAGUGUACCAACACCAAACAAAUUCUCCCAGCAACAACUCACCCUUCAUUCCAAACUCCAAACUCAAAGCAACAUUCAAACUCAACAUAAUAGCAAAUUAAAAAUGCAAUCACUAACUUCUUUCCUAGCUUACUUAAUUUUCUUAACAUCAAUAUCACACUUUGCACAUUCAAACACAGUCCCUUCAUAUCCUACUCCAACUCAAUCCCAAAUAUGCAAACUAGACCUCUCUAACGAACUUUUUGGUGGCGUCAACGACGCUUGUGGAAACAACCUCGACCGAAGCCGCUGUUGUCCAGUGCUUGCAGCUUGGCUCUUCGCGGCUCACGCGCGAAGAGCACUGGAGAUUUCUCCUUCUCCUUCGGAGAAUUCUGGCGGUGACCUUCCGAUGAUGCCAGAUGAUUCUCAGAAGUGUGUUAAUUCACUCCAAGACUCGCUUCGCGAUAGAAACAUUAUAAUCCCUACACCAAAUGCUAGUUGUGACGCUGUAUUGUGCUUCUGUGGAAUCAGACUUCAUCAGAUAAGCUCAUUAAAUUGUCCUACGGCUUUUAACGUCUCUGUUUCUCCUAGGGAUCGCAAUGUUUCCGGUUCUCAUAAAGCUACUCCUACUGCUGCUGUUCGUGAUUUGGAGAAGAAUUGCCGGAACUCUUCUUAUGCCGGUUGCUCCAAAUGUCUUGCUGCCUUACAAAAGUUAAAAGUGCACAAGAAGGAGGGCGAGAGUGACCGGGAAAGGAAAAUGUACAACCGCGACUGUCAACUGAUGGCACUAACAUGGCUAUUAAGGAAGAACAAGACGGCGUAUAUACCAACGGUAUCGGCGGUUUUACGCGCAAUAAUGUACAGUGCUCAUCCACACGACAUAAAAUGUAGUCCAGACCAAGAAAACAUGCCUUUAGCCGUUGAUUCAAUCAAAUUCGUUCACAAGAGUAGUAGUCAUGCACCAUCUUCACCGUUCAUCAAGUUAUUUUGGGCAGUUAUUAUUAUUGUGUCCCAAAUCAUUCUUGUGUCUUUAUGAAGGGUCUACUACACGGGUUGUUUGGGGAGUUGAAAGGGUCCUCUUCUCUGAUUGUGUCAGUCACGUGAAACUCUAUUAUUGGAUAAAUAUAUACUAUAUAAUACAUAUGCAAAGAGCCAAGGACAAAUAGGUUCGUGUUUGAGUUUUGUCAUUUUUGCUAUUCAAGAAUCGAGAGAGUACUGCAUGCAAGUCAGACAAAUAACAACAUUCAAAUGAAUGCGAUUUUACAAUGUCACGGGCUGGCCUAAAGUCUCCUUUUAGUACUCCAAUCAUCUAUCAUGCUCUUUUUGUGUUUGAUUUUAUGGUGUUAUAAAUUAACUUUAUAUAAUAAUUUUAUUUUGAUGUAAAGUUUGUAAAAGUGUAUUUAACGUUAAAUUACUAUUGCACUAUGCACAAGUUUCUUUUC